UAACUAAAGUCAUAUAAAAUUAACAACUUUAAUCAUCUGUGAUUAAAAUAUAUACUAAAAAAAGUUGCCAAAAUAAUAGAGUAUUAUAAGAGGGGACAAGUGAGGUGCAAGGCAACAUAUAAAGUAUUAUUUACUCAUUGUGGGAUUUUGGGUUGUUGUUGUUGUAUUCUCACGCUUAUAUAUAUAUAUAUAUAUAUCUUUCCAGUUUUGGACAAAACCAUCUAUUUUACAAGAUUUUGAAGCCAAAGAAAGAAAUAAAAAAAAAUUGAUACAAAUAAUAACUCCAUGGAAGAAGCUCAACAAAAGCUUUUGGAUAUCCCAAAUGAAGAAAUAUUUGAGAAUGAAAAUUCCAACAUUGAAUCAAAUGGAUCAACUCAUUGUUCCUACUUUGCCAAGCAUAAAUUGUGGUACCAAGUUGCCAUUUUUACCCUUUUUACUCUAACUGGAGAAGUAGUAACAUCACUAUUGGUUAAAACAUAUUUUACCAAAGGUGGUAAAAGUAUAUGGUUAGCCUCAUUAGUGCAAAAUGCAGGGUUCCCAAUUCUUCUUCCUUUAUUAUACUAUGUCUCACUAAAAAAUAAUAGCCAAAUUGAGGUGAUUAAAGGAAAUCAAGAACCCCAUAUUUGUGUAAUCUUUUUAGUUUAUGUAGUCCUAGGUGUGUUACUUGGUGGAGUUAGUGUUUUCAACUCAGUAGGGCUAAAGUACCUUCAGGUCUCGACAUAUUCUCUCACUGGUACCACUCGACUAGGGUUCACUGUUAUCUUCUCUUUCUUCCUUAAUGCACAUAAGUUUACCCCAACUAUAGUAAACUCUGUAGUUCUUGUAAUAGCUACCUCAGUUAUUCUAGUACUUCAUAACGAUGAGUCCGGAGAAACAUCUAGUGAAAAGUUUUUGCUAGGGUUUUUUUCUACGAUUGGUGGGUCUACUAUGUAUUCCUUAGUGCUUUCUCUAAUCGAAUUUUCGUAUCGAAAAAUAAUAAAGGGUAGGAAGCUCAUAGAUAUCAUAGAGAUGUCAAUUUACCAAACCCUAGUUGCAAGCAUAGUGAUCCUACUAGGUUUUUUAAUAAGUGGAGAUUGGAAGAAUUUAAUCUUGGAGAUGGAAAAAUAUCAAUUAGGGAAAUUAUCUUAUGUACUCAUCUUGUCUUUUAUAGCCAUUUCAUGUCAAUUAAAUGUUGUGGCUUCAACUGGGCUAGUUUUUAAAGUUAAUCCCCUAAUAUCCAAUGUUUUUAACAAUUUAGGGGCUCCAAUUACUCCAAUUUUUACUGUGAUUUUUCUUCAUGAUAAGAUUAAAGGUUUGAAGUUGGUGGCUAUGUUUUUAGCUUUUUGGGGUUUUUCUUCACAAAUUUAUCAACAAUAUCUCAAUCAUGUGGAAGCCAAUGAAGAAUCAAUAGAACAAAACUCUAGAGAUAUUUCAGAACCUUCAUGUAGUUGAUUUUUUUUGAACCCCUAGGAAAAACCGCAAUCUCUACUCUUUUAUGCGCACCGGGUAAAUUUACCCUCGUGCAAUAACUCUUAUUCUAUUGUAAUUUGUGAGUGUUUUUCAACUUUUCAAGAGGUGUACAUGUAAAUAUGAUCAAUUGUCUGUAUAUUCAAGUUAGAAAUAGAAAGUUCUUAUUGGGCCUUUCAAUUUGGUACUGGAUAAGUACAUGGCCUUGUUUAAUA